UGGAAGUUUGUAAAAAAGGGCUGGAAAGGGGAUCGAACCCGCGCUGAUGGAAGAGUUAUGCGGAGGAGGAACAUCGUGCUUUUGGAUAUGCUGAAACUUUCCGUCACUUCUCCGGGAGGAAAGCAAUGAGAAUCCUGAAGUGGAAGAACAGGAGCAGCAGUAUCAGUCAUUCGAGGGAAAUACAAUGUGGAUGAACUGACGUCGUCUUCGUUUAGCGGGACACCAGUUAUUCCCUGAAGACGAACUUAAAAGGGGUUUGAAAGAUGGCCGUGCGUAGCAAUUCAUUGAUGCCUUUCUCCAUCCAAGCCAUUUUGAAUAAAAAAGAGGACAGUCGUGGACAUUUACCCGAUUUGGAUAUGUGUUUCUCAAAGACGUCCUGUUGGAAAAUAUUCGGGGAAAUGAACAGCGGAUCUGCGGACUUUCCCUCGGCGUGCAGGCCGAGCAGCGACGGGGGAACCUGCGAGCCGGGCGACAACAAAAGUUACGACUCCGACUCGGGUCUGAGCGACGAUAACGACGGUAAGCCGGUGGUGUGUAAGACCGAGACCGAGGUGGACCCCGCCUCAGACCUGCUGGAGGAGAGCCUGCAGGAGGAGACGGACCAUGAAUCCACCGCCGUGGAGAACGCGAAGGGACUCAGCGACUGUGAGCCCAAUGUCUCGGAUUCCAACAACCUCGACGAGGCGGGAAGCGAUCAAAGCGCCGACCAGCCCAAGCAGAGGAAGAAGCGCUCGCGAGCCGCCUUCUCCCACGCACAGGUCUUCGAGCUCGAGCGGCGCUUCAACCACCAGCGCUACCUCUCGGGGCCCGAGAGGGCCGACCUGGCUGCCUCCCUGAAGCUCACCGAGACCCAGGUCAAGAUCUGGUUCCAGAACCGCCGCUACAAGACGAAGCGUCGUCAGAUGGCCGCCGAUUUAAUGGCGUCGGCCCCCACGGCGAAGAAAGUGGCGGUUAAGGUGUUGGUCCGGGACGACCAGAGACAGUACAGCCCGGGAGAACUGCUGCGGCCCCCGCUGCUUGCCCUGCAGCCGUCCUACUAUUACCCCUACGGCGCGUACUGCCUUCCCGCCUGGACGCUAUCCGCGUGCGCUGGGAACCCAUAAGGCCCCCCCUUACCACAGAGGGGCCCCUCCUCGUGUAUUUAUUUUCUCCCGGGAAACCAAAGGAAAAACAUUGAAAGAAUCCUUGAGAGAAGCGAGUGUCUGAAUGGACUUAUCAGAUCAGAGUCACCAACCGAACUGCCUCACCGUGUUUUGUUGUCGUUGUUGUUGUUGUUGUUGUUGUUGUGUACGACUGAAGAUAUCACAUUUGAUGGUUGUUGCAGAAUAUUCUGUCCUCUGUUGUACGCGCGUGUUCCUACCUCUGCAAUGAUUGGAAAUAGACUGUUUCUAUUGGCCCUUCAAAUGGCUAAUUGUGUUACGUUUUUAUCUUUGUUGUGUUUGUAAUAACUAAAAUAUUUCAGCACUUUUGAGCAUAUAGUGUGGGCAUGUACAGUAGGCCUAUCAAACAUUAAAAGAAAAAAUACGAAAUGUUUGUUGUAUUCGUGUGUGCGACCGGAGAAGGUUUCAUUAUUAAGAGAUACCUAUAUCUGCUGUCGAGUAGCCUAUAUGUUUUAUUUUGUUAUUUAGAGGAAAACUAAUAUUUUUUCAUAGCCAUACCAAUUGUUAUAAUUGGAAUGCCAUUAUGUAGGCCUAUGUUUUAUUUACAAAUUUAAAAUCCCCCAUAUUUUUAGGCCUGAAUAUAAAGAAAAUAUGAGACUAAUUAUGGUUUUAAAUAUUGGCUGCUUUCGAUUUAGCAAUUCAAAAAGUUGCUUGAUGGUUGACGACUGGUCGUAUAGUGGUAGUUUUGGGCGCUAUAUCAACUCUAUCCGAAGAGACUAUGAGACAAUACAGUGUGUUUGGUCCGUGUCCACGUGUAUACAAAAUAAGAUGCAACAUUGCUGUGUUUUUUCAAUAGGAUAUCGUAUAUAUUUAUCUUGCGUGGGAUAAAUUAAGUAUGAGAAUUAAAGUGGUGAAUACGUUAAGAAAUCGUGGCCACAUUAUUAUAUUAUUAUUGCAAACAAUUAUAGGUGAAAUAACCUGGGUAAAAUAAAUUCUGACAGAAUUUAGGCUACCUUAAAUACAAUUUAAAAUCAGCAGCAGAUCUGAUGCACUAUGACCCAGGAGUCAGGUUGUCAUCAUGGCCAGGAUGAGCUCUCCUCCAAACACUCCUGUCAAACACGAUGAUUAAUUGCUGUACGAUCCUGGGACAUGGUGAAGUGACGGGUAUCUUAGGGUGCACGUCUACACAGGUAGAGGACUAUUUGAAGGUCAAGGAGACCCAUGUCAUGAGGCACUGCAUCUGCCUUUGGAUCGCUUGACGAUUAAGUGUAUAUUGAACACCAAACCAUUU